AUGAUAGCUUUUUUCAAGGUAAUGUUGACCACUGAUAUCACUAUUAUAGGGGGAAUAUUGACCAGUCAUACUGAUAUCGCUAUUAUAAGAGUAGUAUUGAUCACUGAUAUCAAUGAUAAAAGUUAUUUGAAAAUAUUCAAAAUUUUGAAGCAUAUAUACGAAUUUUGCGGAAGACAACCUCCCGUUUUCAAACUACAAGAGAGAAUUAUGGAUGGAAGAAAAUUUCAAAGUAGCAAUGAAAUGGGUUAUGAAUUAGACGAAUUAUCAACAGACAAAAAAUCAAACGUUGCAAUGGCGGCUGCUUCUAAUAAAUUACUUGAAAGUAGGACAAAAAUUUGUGGUAAGUUACUAAAGGAAAAACGAUCGAAAUCUAUUCUCGAU